AUGGGUUUCGUGGGUCUCGCCUCAACACUUCUUUUGGCCUCCGUGGUCGCUGUUUGCUCCGCGGGGUCGGACGCGCCCCGGGGAGUCCCGGUCGGGUUCGUUUUUGACCCGAAAGCGACCUGCGAGCCGCCGUGCAGACACGGAGGAGUCUGCACCCGCAACAACACAUGCUUCUGCUCCAAAGGCUACGAGGGAGAGACCUGCCAGUAUGCCAACUGUUACCCCAAAUGUAAGAAUGGAGGAACGUGUCUUCGUCCUGGAAAAUGCAGAUGUCCUGCGGGAUAUGGGGGAAGAUACUGUCACAAAGUGACGUGUGACGGGGGAUGCUGGAACGGAGGGGAAUGCACCGCCGUCAACGGAGUGGCCAAGUGUAUCUGCCCCUCGAGCUGGAUGGGCUCAAAAUGCCAGGAGGCGAUCUGUCCCCAAGGCUGCAGGAACGGGGGAGUCUGUGUGGCCCCAGGAAUCUGCAGCUGUCCGGAGGGAUGGCUGGGAGGCGCCUGCCACACUGCCGUGUGCGGUCAGUCCUGCCUGAAUGGAGGGAAGUGUAUUUCACCAAACAAAUGCCGCUGUCGCCCCCCUUUCUCCGGCCCUCGCUGCGAGGAGAGGAAAAAGUCCCACUAGUGUGACCCUGCAGGGGUCAAAGGUCAAUAGGGGACUCAAUGCGGAUGAGGACUAUUAUUUUUUAAGCUGAAACAUUUG